AGUGGCCCCAAUGGUUGCGAAACAUUGUCGCCUGAGCCCGACUGAGCCCGGCUGAGCCCGGCUGAGCCCUGCCUGGAUAGCCAUAGCUUGAAGCCUUUCGCCGUGGCUGAACGACUACACUUCCAUGGCAGCUGGCUAUGAACCCAAGGAUCUGUUCCAACUCGUUGCUGCAGAAGGUGUUGGAAAGUUGGGUCUUGCGUUUCACAGUUUGCCACCUGGUCAUGUUGAAGUGAAAUCGGUAGGAGCAGGUAGUUGGGGAGAGCAGCAUGAAGUGUUUGCAGGUGACUUGUUGGUCGAAGCUCAAGGGAAAGAUUUGAAACUAGUGUCCAAAGAAGAGUUCAGGGAUAUGAUUUCUCAGCAGCGUCCGUUGACGCUUAUUUUUUUUGCCCGUGAACAAGCCGAGCCACUGGAACCUGUUGGGGCACAGCGGCGAUCCAUUCGAUCCGUUCAUUCAACCCAUCCAGUUGCAGCCGAACCACAGCCACAAACCACCCCGAGUCAACCCAGCCAACCCAGCCAGCCCCAACCCAGCAAAGAUCCGGGCUUGGUUCCAAAAGAUGAAGCCCCGGUGGACCCGCCCCAACCACAAGUAGAGCCAGAGCAGCCAGCACCACCAGCACCACCAGCACCACCAGCACCAGAAAAACCCGAACCUGCGAUCCAAGCUGCGAGCAUGGGAGAUCGAGAAAGUGGUCCAAGAGUGGAGGAAACAAAAGAGGCAGCGUCGAUACCCGACAAACCUGAGAAAGUUGAAGAAUUGAAAACCGAGACAUCCGAGACCCAAGACGAUUCCAGAGCUGCAGCCACCAAGGCCAAAGAUGCCAAAGAUGCCAAAGGCAGCGACAAUCUGUCGCCUGUCGCACCUGUCGAACCUGUCGAACCUGUUGUCCAACCCGUCGAACCUGUCGUCGAACCUGUCGUCGAACCUGUCGUCGAACCUGUUGUCGAACCUGUCCAACCCGUCGAACUUGUGGAACCUGUCCGCAUCACUGAUCCCCCCGAAGAUGUUGCAGCCACGAACCUCGCAGCUGCCGUUGCCGAGCCAAGCAUCACUUCAGGGUCACAGGAGCUACAAGAGCCGCAGGAGCCACAGGAGCCAGCGUACCAAGUGCCAGCACCACCGGUGCCAGCACCGGUGCGGUCGGACCAACCUGAAAAAUCAGCAGCUGAACCACUGGUACCGCCUACACCGGCUCUACCACCAGCGCCUGCCCAGCCAGCACCAGAGGUGAUGAGAGAGAAAAAGAAAUCUGCGGAACCCUCAAGUUCUGCAACCGAAAAACUGGAGGAAAAACAAGUUGACAGACCUUACAGUUCUGGAAUCCAACGAGCCUCUGUGGCAUCCAUGGGAAGCAAAGCCAAGAAAGUUUCGAGGGACAUUUCAGGACAAGCAGCCACCCAGGGUGAGGCGGGACACAUUAUGCGGUUGCUCCCACGGACGAAGUCGCUCCUUUUGAAACUGAGCGACUUGCUUUUGCAAUUGUUGAUCCUGUCAGUUCCUACCGGAGCGUCGCUCCUGAACAAGGAUGAACUCAUGCGCUAUGCCGUGCGUUUUGCCGUGGGUUUUGGGGAUGUCCCCGUGGUCCAACGAAUGGACGAUUCCCUGUGCGGAGUAUGCUUUGGGAUUUUGCUCUUCCUGGGAUCCAUCUUCCUACUGGGCUGGAAUGAGUUCAACUAUGUCCGCAACCAGGCCAUCCUGCUGAAGGUGGACAAGGAAGUGAUUGAAGCUGGAUGCGUCCCCAGUGCUUCCAAUGUUGGGAAACCCAUUUGGGCUUCAUGCGUUGUCCAACGUGGCUAUGACUUCACUACAGACCCUCAGGUGCAGAGCAUGGGCUUGUCAUUCUCAGGGGAAAUCCGGGGCGCCUGGUUCAAGGCGGACUCUACCAUCCUGCAGUGGACCGAGAGUUGCAGCAAUCGUGCACUUGGAGGAGGCGGCUGGGAUGUGGUCUGUUACUACAACUUGGAGUGGGUCUCAUCUCCUCAGUCUUCCUCCAGUUUCUAUUGUUACCCCAGUUCAAAACCCGGCUGCCAGAGGAGUGGCUUGCAGAUUCAGAACUCUGGAACCAUUCCAACUUCGUUUCAACAGACCUUGAACGCUCCAGAUGGCACAGUGGGAAUGGGUUCAUCCACAGACUCCCUCUACUUUCUGGACAACAAGGAGAUGGGUGUCUUUCCAUCGGUGCCAGUGACCGUUCCUUCAGGCCAGAGGACCAGCUUGCUGCCCAACAAGCAGCUGGUGCAGGUGAAUGCCACUUCGGUGCAGUUCAGUUCGGUCCCAGGACAGAACUCCAUUGGCGACGUCCGGACCACCUUCACCCAGUCCCAAAUCCAGUUUGGCCUGACACAGGUAGCCAUCAUCGCCAAGCAGGCUGCCAUGUCAACCAGCAAUGCUCAGAUGAGACCCUGGGACACCCAGUUGCCUGGUAGCAUGUCCUCGGUAGAUUGGGUCUCAAUGGGUGGGUUAUCCAAAUCGGACAUGAUCAACGAGAAGCAAAGUGAGAAUGGUGCUAUGGUCAUUGCUUUGCGCUUUGUAGGCUUCAUCUUGCUGUGGUUGGGCCUCCAACUCGUCACAGGGCCCAUUGCACUGAUGCCAGAGAUCAUUCCUUGUUGCGGCGAGAUGAUCGGAGAGAUAGUUGGAUGUGCUUUGUGUUGCAUGAACUGCUUGAUUUCGUUGGCCCUAUCAUUGACUGUCAUUGGUGUUGCUUGGUUGAUGGCCAGGCCCAUCCUUGGCAUUGGGCUGUUGCUGGUUGCAGCUGCAGCCGUUUGUGGUGCCGGGGUGCUACGCAACAAGUUCCGCAAGAACGCCCGAGAGCCUAGCAUGUCGCAGUCCUUCACGGCACCGCAGAUCAACAUGGCGCAGAUGGUGCUCCGAACAGCGCGCGCUGAAGUCUUGGAGCUCCAGGAGCAGCUCAGAAAGGUCGAGAGUACCAGUGGGAGGAGGUCAAGAGAAGCCGACGCUGCUGCAGCCUCUUACGCCAGGCUGAAGACGGAGCUGGUUGCGGAGUCGACAGAAAGAGUGGCACUGCGUGAGAAGAAUAAAAGGCUAAGUGCACUAGAGCAUUCUGAGUAUGAAGCACUCCAGAAUUUGCAGCACGAAGUCGCUGCUGAAGCGGAUGAAGUGACUGCACUGCGUCAAGAAGUGCGGGAUGCCCGGCAAGAAGCUGCGGCUUCACCAAAAAAGGCCCGGGAAAGUCAACGCGCUCGGGAGGAUUUGCUGAAAUCAGAGUUGGAGGAGCUGGAAGUGACGUUGAAGAAAGUCAGAGCCGACUUACGCAGAUCUCAAGAAGUUGUCCGGGAGCGCGACGCGGAGAUGUGGCGCGAUGCCGAGGGCGGCUCGACCAGCACGAUGCGCAUGGAGGAGGCGCUGGCGCGUGGCCUGCAGAGGCAGCUGCUGGAAGAACAGCAGCAGCGCGCCGUGAAACAAAAAGCUGCCCAGGACAGCGAAAUGCAAAGCGUCCAAACCGAGCUGCGGAUUGAGAAGGCGGCCAUGCGAUCCAUCCAGCGAGCGACUGAGGCAGGGACGGAGCAAACCGUGGAAAAACAUCUGCGACACGAAAGUGACGUGAAGGAUUCCCUACAGCGCGCUGAGAAUGCAGCCGUUCGAGGGCUGAAGCGACGUCAAGACGAGGUCAAACGCAUGACUUUUCAGCUCCACGACCCGCUAGUUGAAGAGGCGAAUGCUAUUCGGAAGGGUGUCUCAGACGAAGAGGAGAUGGCGCAGAAGUUGUCGACUCGGCUGCAGAACUUGGAAGAAGGCAUGGCUGAGCUCCAGGACGACAAAGGUUCCGCGCGAGUGGUCCAGAAGGCGGAGAAGUUUGAUGCGGCCGAGCAAUCUGCAGCGCAGGCGUUGAAAGAGGAGGUAGAAGCCUUGAGACGCCUGGAACUCCAGCGGACUCCAGUGGACUCCAGCACAAAUCACCCUAAACUGCCAGAAACUGCAACUUUUUUCGGAGACACAGUGAUUCCAUAA